GUUUCGCGGCAGCGUGGCGGAAGCGGGCGGGCGCCUUUUGCUUUACGGCUGCUGGGCAAUGAGCCUCUACGACCUGUUCCGGGGUUUCUUCGGCUUCCGCGGGGAGCGGAGGCACCGGGACCCCUUCUUUGGGGGAAUCACGAGGGACGAUGACGAAGAGGAUGACGAUGAAGACGGGCCCUUCUUUGGGGCUAGAGGCUCUGACGACUUUGGAUUCGGCUUCACUUUUGGCCCGGGAGGGAUACGCUCCCACGACACCUUUGGCUUUGAUGAGCUGUUCCGGGACUUUAACAACCUCUUCAGCGAGAUGGGCGCCAGGAGCUUACCCAUGCAUCCCUUUGAGUUCCCUGGCAUGGAGGCACCACCACCUGCUGACCGCCUUCAUGAGAAGAGGCAGACCCUGAGAGAUUCGAUGCUCAAAUACCCCGACAACCAGAGGUCUGGCAGCAGAGAGCUAGAGGAUGGCGCUGGUUCUACAGCCCCAGAGAAGAGGCCUUGGCGCCCCUUCCAAGGGCUGCAAGAGUCACAGCCAACCCCUGGAGAUGUGAAAGACGCCCCCAAGGAGGACAGAGAUUUGGAUUCACAUGUUACAUCCAAAGGCCUUGAGACAAUUCUCUUGCCGUCCCAGCCCCGGUCUUAUUUCAAAAGCGUCUCGGUCACAAAAGUGGUGGCGCCAGAUGGGACUGUCGAAGAACGCCGGACUGUGCGGGACAGUCAAGGCCACGAGGAGACCGUUGUCACCCGCCGGAGCAGAGGGGAGCCAGUUCCGGGUCUUGACAGUGAACAGCAGAGCGGCUCAGAGGACCUGGCGCCCCUAGGCUCACACCACGGACAGGACAUGAGCGACUCCUUCUCCAUUCUGGACGCCUUUUUACACCGCUGGUUCCAGAGGCGAUAGAUUUGUCCAGUGGCCAGCAUUAGAGGUUUGUUCACACCUCUGACGCUGCGUUCUCCGCCCCAAGGUAAACUAUUGCUGUGGCCCUCGCCUUGGAUACGGCUUCCCAUCUUGCGUGGCUUCUGACCCUCAGCUGCCUCCUCUGUCUUCUAAGAAGGCCUCGCAGCCCUCGAAAGAAUAAUACAAGAAAUAAAAGUCUUUAUUUAUGCUU